UUUUGUAGCAGAAUAUCAAAAAGCAUCUUUGAGUAAUUGCUGACUAAUCUACAGCAGAAAAAAAAGUCUACAAUAGUCUCCUUGGGUCACAAAAAAGCACUCUCUCCAUGGAUACAUACAUGACCAAACUGCUAUUUUCUGGUUCUUGUUUUUGUUGUGUUGAGACUUAAACUUAACUGUGGUUUUCUAUCUGGCUCAGAACUUACCAUGUAGACCAGGCUGGACUAGAACUCAGAGAUCCACCCAACUCUGUCUCUUGAGUGCUAAGAUUAAAGGUUUGCACCAUCACAACUCUUCAAACUAUUUUAUUUCAUGGUCUGUUGACGGCCUGUGGUGUGUCUGAAGACAUCUUUCAGGAGGAUGGGCAAUGUUUGGACCCCACUCGGAGGACUUUAUAUAGAAACUGGAUGUGCAAAAUUGCAUCACACUAGGGCCACUUGCCAGCUAUUCAUUCUUCUUCAAAGAGAAAAUCAAAGAAGAGAAACAGCAAGAAUUGGCAGAUUCUGCAGUCAACAUGUCCCAGGCUCUGUUGACAUUCCGGGAUGUGACUGUGGACUUCUCAGAGGAGGAGUGGGAGUGCUUGGACUCUGCUCAGAGGGCUUUGUACAUUGAUGUGAUGUUGGAGAAUUACAGCAACCUGGUGUCUGUCGAGAACUACUGCAUACGUGAUACUGUCUGUCAACAUUUAAAGACUAAACAGAAGUCUUGUCUGUGUAAUGACCUUGGUGAAAUGCUUCAUGGUCCUUCCCAUGGUGCACUUUAUAAAAGAAGUGACACUACAGAAACAUCUAAUAGCUACAGAUGCUGUAAGGACAGGACUGCCUCUAUUGCCUCAACAAACCCAGAUCGACAUAAAAGGAUACACACUGGAGAAGAACCAUGCAAAUCUCAAGACUAUGAGAAAUCUCUAAAUCUGUGUUCCAACAUUACUCAAGAUCAGAGACUCUACAGUAAAGAGAAAGUGCACAGACAGGAAAAAUGUGAUUAUUUCAGCUCUACAAACAGUCUCAUGCAACAAACAAACUCCACUGGAGAGAAUCCACAGCAGUGUGGGAAAUAUGGGAAAUGUUUCAGUACUGCCUCAAGCCUCAGUGUACAGCAGAGAAUUGAUACUGGAAACAAACCCUACAAGUGCAAUAUCUGUGACAAAUCCUUUACUCAUUGCUCAAGUCUUAAAACACAUCGACAAGCACAUCAAAGACUUCGUGCUGGGACAAAACCAUACAAAUGCAAUGACUGUGGAAAGUCAUUUUCUUAUUUGUCUACACUGAAAAGCCAUCAGAAAAGGCAUACAGGAGAGAAGAGAUACAAAUGUAAGGAAUGUGGCAAAUCCUAUGCCUAUCGUACUGGUUUGAAGAGACAUCAGAAAAUCCAUACUACAAAGGAAUGUUAUAGUUGUCAACACUGUGGCAAGGUCUUUCAUCAGCUCUCACACUUUAAAAGCCAUUUCACACUCCAUACUGGAGAGAAGCCUUACAAAUGCAAUGAGUGUCAUAGAUCCUUUCCCCACUAUGUAUUCUUUAGAAGGCAUAAGAAAAAUCAUUCUUUACAGAAAUCACACAAAUGCAAAGAAUGUGGUAAGUCCUUUUUUAUAUUGUCACAUCUUAAAACUCAUUACAGAAUCCAUACUGGUGAGAAGCCUUACAAAUGUACAGAAUGUGACAAAUCCUUUACCCAGUACUCACAUCUUCGAAGGCAUCAAAGAAUUUAUACUGGAAAGAAACUUUACAGAUGUGAGGUAUGUGACAAACGGUUUACUGUGUCCUCAAGUCUCAGCAGACAUCAGAAAGUCCAUACUGAAGUAAAAACUUACAAUUGCAAGGACUGUGACAUAGUCUUUACCCACUACUCAAGUCUUAGAAGACAUCAGAAGGUUCAUACUGGUGAAAGACAUUUUACAUGUAAACAGUGUGGCAAAUCUUUUACUAGGGGCUCAACUCUUAGAGCACAUCAGAGAAUUCAUACUGGAGAGAAACCUUACAAAUGUAGUAAAUGUGACAAAUCCUUUACCCAGGCCUCACAACUUAGAACACAUCAGAGAGUUCAUACUGGAGAGAGACCUUAUGUAUGUAAGGAAUGUGGCAAAUCACUUACUACAUGUGCAAUUCUUAGAGCACAUCAGAAAAUUCAUACUGGAGAGAAACCUUACAAAUGUAUGGAAUGUGACAAAUCCUAUAUCCAGUACUCACAUCUUAAAAGGCAUCAGAAAGUUCAUACUGGAGAGAAACAUAAAAUUGUAAAUAAUGUGGCAUAGCAUUCAUCCAGAAAUAUAUGCAUUAGAAACAUGGGAAAGCUUUUAAUAAAGUUUUAAAUCUUAGAAUGUAUCACAAAGUUUGUCAAAAUAAAAAUUUCCAAAUGUAAUUAUGUGAAAACCUUUUUGUUUUCUUUUGUGUGUGUGUGCACUUUGCUGCUUGUAUCUCUGUGCACUACAUGUAUACCUGGUGCCUCUGGGGGCCAGAUCCCUGAAACUGGUGUUAAAGACAGUUGGGUGCUGUUAUGUGUAUUUUGGAAAUUGGACCCCAAUACACUGUAAGAACAGAUGCUGCUUUUAACCUCUAGAUGGUGUUUUUAUCCUAGUCCCUGGGAAAAGCUGUAAUAAAAAUAUUUGUCUUGUUCAACAUCCAAAAAUUCAUAAUUCUAGGCAAGGCUAUGCACUCAGUGGACAGAGGCAAAAAUUAUCUCUGUUAAUCAGAGGCCAUCCUGAUAUACUUAGUUCCAGGACAUCCAGAACUACAUAUACCUAUAACAAUGAGCUUUUAUACCCAGGCUGUUUGUUCCUAGGUUGAAAUGACUCCUAGACUUAACUAUCUAUAAAUAAAGGCCUAGACCAUAA